AUGUACAUAGAAGUAAACGGGAAGAGUGAAGCAACAUGUCUCGCUAAUGGAACAUGGUCAUACUAUCCUCAGUGCAAACGAGAGUGCGAACCAGUCAGCUUAGAAAAUGGAAAGGUAUCUGGGAACAUGCUAUCAUUGGGGUCUACGGUUUCAUUCGAAUGCGACCAGAUGUACAUAGAAGUAAAUGGGAAGAGUGAAGCAACAUGUCUUGCUAAUGGAACAUUGUCAUACUAUCCCCAGUGCAAACGAGAUUGCAACGGGCCCACACAACACAUUAGUAAUGCAACGCUUAGCAACGGCAAGACGUAUGAAGGUCAGCGCAGAACAUUCGUAUGUAAUGCAGGAUUAAUAUUGCCCAGUGGAGAUAAUACCAUGAAAAUAACGUGCAGGUCUGAUGGCCAAUGGUCAACCAUGUUUUGUCCAACAGAAACAGAUGAAAACAACACAUGCAAUGGUUGCAUACUCCCAAGAGAUUGUCAAGACAGACAAGGUCUUAAUGAUUCUUCGCCAACAGCACUGUAUGACAUACAUCCUGUAGACAGCAGUGGCUUCGAAGCGCGUUGUGACAUGGAAACGCCCCCUGGUGGAUGGACCGUGAUACAGCGCAGAGUAUCUGAUAGUGAUUUCAGAAGAGACUGGGAAGAAUAUAAAGAAGGAUUUGGUAAUCUGAAUGAAAACUUCUGGUUAGGCAAUGACAAAAUAUGGAGAUUAACAAAAGGUGGACAUUACAAACUACGAGUUGACCUUGUAGAUCAGAACGGAGGUGAAGGCUAUGCAGAGUACAGUUCAUUCUCUAUCGGAGAUGAAUCUUCUAAAUAUACAUUGAAUAUUUCAGGACACAGUGGAACAGCGAAUGACAGCUUGAUAACAAGGCAUAACGGACGGAAGUUUAGCACUUUUGAUCAAGACAAUGACAUUCACAAACACAAUUGUGCAGAUAGAUUUGCAGGAGGUUGGUGGUACAGUAACUGUCAAUCUUCGAACCUGAACGGACCUUAUGGCAGUCAAGUAGAUAAUAAAGGAAUGACUUGGAAAGGUUGGAGAAAUACAUCAGUGUUUAUGACAUUCACAGAGAUGAAAAUACGUCGGGGAUAA